ACAUGUUAUAAUUUCUGCACAGUAAAGUGUUGGAUGGAUACAUAGAAGAUACAAUUUUUGACAGUUUUUCUUGUCAGAUUUUACCUUCAUUAAAUUAUCCUAGUGUAAAUUGCGUUGGUGAGAGCUCUUCAUCUCUUUGCCAAAUAAAUUUACCUCGCAGCAUCUGGAGCCAAAUAAUUACUUGAAGACUCAUCAGCAGCGCAUCUUCACAAAAUACAUUUUUAGGAUUAAUAAUUGGUGAUUUUAUUGCUGAUGUGAAUUUGAUUUUUCGAUGAAAAUAUAUAUUAUUGCAUUGAUUUGAUUAGUGUUUGAAACUCUAUCUAAACACAAUAUUUUAGAAGGAUAAUUAUAUAGUUUCUUGUGAGCUUGGAUGCAUUUACACCUGUUUAUCGAAUAAAAUCAUUCUGUAUGAUUGGUUUUUAGUGAAUUGCCAUAUUUUUCGAUUGAUCAGCUUAGAGUACAUACACAUACAGACACAAUCAGCCUUUUGUGGAAAUAUUGAUAUCAAAUUUAAAAUGGAUAUUAUAUUGCUAAGCAAACAUUUACUUCCCAAGAUAAACAGUAAAAAUGGCUUUUACCACAAAACAUCAACAAUGUGUCCAAAAGUGUGACCAGCAGGCUAGAACACAAUGGACACCCUGUCUCCUCAGUCUGUUUUAGACAGAAGACAAAACAAAGACUCUAGUAUUAUAGCUGAUCAUAUUACACGUGCUAAAAGUCCAGCAAGACAAAAUUCUUUGACUUUUGAUUCAGAGUUUGACCAGGAAGAAAUUAUAAAUAGGGUUCCUCAACCAUAUAGAACAAGUUUCAGUGCAGUAACAACUCUCGAGAGACGAGACAGAAGUAGGUCAACUAGUAGGUCAACUAGUCCUGCACCUACUGUUUCUAGUCUGAAAUCUAAUAGGUGUAGAUCAAAAAGUCCAUUAACUAGAAAAUUAAGUCCAAAACAUGUUACUUAUGAUUCAGUUGUGACAGUAAGACGCUCGAAUUCUUACGAAGUUCAAACAUUGUCAGGUGAGGAUAAGAAAGAAAUGGCCAAUAACAGUUCAGAUUAUCAAUCUCGUAUCCGGGAAAUGUCAGAGAUGAUCGUUAAGGAAUAUUCCUCUCCAGAAAAGGAGGAUGUAGAUGGACUGUUUGUAAAUGAUGCACCAAAGAAAAAUAGUGGGGCUGUGAAAAAUGGUGCUCCUAAUGGUCGAUUACCAAUGUAUAAACAAAGGAGUCUGCCAAAACAGGUUCUAACUAAGGAGGAAAAUGAUAGAACAAUAAGCUACCGUAAGGCAAUUACUGAUAAUUAUUCUACCGAAAUCAAACAGCGUGCUGACAACAUUGUCGAUGAACGUUAUGCAUCUGAGCCACAAAACAUAGGUAUAAGGGCAGAAAGAUCAAAUUCUGUACCAUCACGUGAUGGAAUGGAAAGUAACAAAUUAACUCCUCAUAAAAGAACAAUUAGUGGCAGUAUAAGCAAUUUUUUUCGGAGAAUGUCACCUCGUAUGUCAAGAAAACAACGAAAAGAGAGAGGUUCAAAAACAAGCCUAAGUAGCCAGAUGAGCAGGGACUCAGAAACGGGAUCUAAUCAACGAUUUUCUCGUGGCAAAGUCAGACAGUCAUUCCUCAACCUAUUAAAACGUCCCAAGUCUAAAUCAGGUUCAGUUACCAAAGAAGACCAUGAUCACCAUCAUGAUGAUACUGAUGGUGGUUUUAAGUCUGAUGCCACUUCUAAUCGCAUACUUAGAUCAAUUGAACAGAACAAUAUGUCUGAGCGAGAGGUGUAUAAUAGGUUUAAAGAGAAACAAACUGAGAAUGAUAGAUCUCUCUCUGAUAUGGAGCAUAAUAACCGACCUCAAGCCAUGAAAGCUGUGUCGCCAACAAAUGUACAGAUCAGAGUAGAUUCUCCUAGAUCUGCAUACAGGGGAGUAGAAAAUAGAGAACCAGUUCAGAGAGACAGGGAACAAGUCAGUAGAAACAGGGAACAGAAGCAAUGGUCUCCUCCAUCAAAUAAUGAACAGAAUAGUUCAAGGGACCAGAUGGUAAAACGUCAAUCAGGUCCUCCAGCUAGCCUUAAUGUUCAAAUGGUCCCAAAGUCGGGGAAGUCCUUACAACGCACAUUGAUGUCCUCCAUGUCUGCAGAUGAAUCUAUUGGAGACUGCUCUCUGGAUGUGAACUUUACAGGCAGUGACCCAUCAAUUCUCAGUGAAGAGAGUAGGGACGUUACCACCCCCAGUAAAGUUGUGUUCAGUAGUACACAGGACAACUUUAAAGACAAGUCUAAUGACAGUAAAGUAUUAAACAGUCAUAAGAAAGAUCAUUCAUUAUCAGAAUCUGCAUUAAAUCCAGUUGUUACACCGCUUAGUCACAAUGUGGAAUAUACUGAGAUGCCAAAGUUGGCCGAUAGUGCUGAAAUAGUGUUGCCAGAUAAUUCAAAAACACCAUCAUAUCUUAAACUUAGUUGUUCAGUUAGUGGAUACGGUCGUUACAGUCAAUACAGUGCAUAUAAAUCUAAAAAGGACACAAGAUCACCGUAUUCUAGCACCUCAUCUUUAGGUUCAAAUCCUAUGUCUCCAGAGAUGGCUAAGGUUAUGUCCCCUGUUCAACGGACGAGUAUUAGUAGUAAUUCAGAAUUUGGAUUAAUACGUCCUCAACCUCUAGUGUAUAAUAGAGCCAAUAGAAAUGUAACUAACAGUGUUAAUUCUAGUUUAAUAAAUGGACAUUCUGUGUUGGAUGGUACACAAUACCCAACAGGAGACCCCAAGUUGGAUGGAGAAUAUUAUUUAAAUGUAACAAAGACAGAAGCGGUUCAUCUUGUGUCACUGUGUCGGCAAAUAGAAGCUGAUUUAUACUGCCAAGAUAUCCCUGAAGAUGCAAGUGGAAAAAUACGGGCAGCAAUUGGAAAAGCCAAUUUACUGGUCAACCAAAAAUUUAAACAGUUUGAAGAGCUAUGUUAUGAACAUAUGAACCCAUCUGUAGAUGGAAAACUGUUGAAAUGGGAGGACCUGCAGGGAUUCUGGGAUAUGAUCAAAAUACAAGUAGAUAAUGUAGAGGAAAUGUUUACAGAGUUAGAAUUAAUACGACAGAAUGGAUGGAAAGAACUUUGUAUGCAUUCUAGAGAAAGUUCUGUCAGUUCUAGUCCAAAAUCAGGAAGUGUUAAUUUAAGUAACGCCAGUACACCAGCAGGUACCCCCGGUUCCCGAAGACGAGUAUCAAAAACAAAAGAAACACCAGAAUCAUCCCCAGAAAGAACAGAGAGGUUGAAACUUGCCAAAGCUCGUGAUGAUGCUAGGAAAAAAAUGAUGGCAGAAAAACGUGCUGCAAUGAAGAAAAAGCAGCAAAACAAUUCAGAUGAUGUUGAAAUAUAUAUAGCAGACAAGUGAAUCUAUAACAUUAGUGCUAAUAACAUAUUUAUAAGAAUUGUUUUAACUACACAAGAAAUUCAAAGUUGUGAUAUUUUUCAGCAGUUGCUGUUUGUGCAUUUAUUUAAUUGUUUAUUUUAUGUAACAUUCUAGACCAGUAUCUGCCAUGGAUCUUAGCCUUGUCAUAACUUUGUUUGUUUUUGGUUUUUUAAUUGAAAACAUGUUUUAAAAAUUAUUUCAAAGCAUUAAUGAUAUUAACUUACAAAAUGCUAUACAGAAAUUAUAAUCUUAGGUAAAGAAAAUUAUUUUGUUCAGUCCAGCUUCACAAGACAAGGCUAUGAAAUAUUGUUUUUUUGGAAUUCAGUACUGUUUAUGUUACCAGAAAAACAGGUUUAGAAAGAAAAACUUUCAUUUCAUUUCAUUUUAAGUCACUGUUGUGCCUUUUCAUCUUGCAUUGAAAUUCAUUUUAAGUUAUUCCAUUUUUAUGAGUACAAUAUGAAAUAUUGAGUUUUAUGGUAAAAAUAAAAGUUACAUUUUAGUAUUCUGUAAGUUUUCAGUUAUUUGUUGUGUUUAAAUGGAUUGAGAAGGAGGAUUAGUAAUUGUUUUGAGAACUAGUCAAAGCUAUUUGCUUUCUAAUGCUUUAUCAGUUUAUACCUCAUGCUAUUGAGCUUAAUCAAUAUUAUUGUUCUGUUUUUAAUGGAUUUCAUAGCCAUUAUUCUGUUAUUGCAUACCAUUUUAAAUAAAAUAUCAAUCUGCUGCAUUCCAGAUUUUAUUCUGAUGUUCAUUUCAAUUUUUGAAUAUAAAAUUGGGAUCAAAUUUUCUUGUCAUGUUCAUAUGUAAUCACUCCAUUUCUGAAUUGAAUACAUAUAUCAACAGUUAUCUAUAUUUGUCAUAUGUCUUUAUAUUUUAUAGACUAGAAACAAACUCUUUUCCCCUCAUUCCUAAAGGAGUAUGAACACUACUAACAUAUUUGUUAGUGUCUUCUCCUGAAAUUGAGUGUCAGGUUUAUAAGGAAUAGGGAGUUAAAAACUGGUCGACUUGUCAACUCAUUCUCGGUGAAUUAUUUUUUAACGAAAAGAAAAUAAAAAACAGGUACAACUAUCCUUUUCAUUCCAGAGUAAAUUAUUGGGCUGUCUCCCUAUUGCUCUUAUUUUGCAACUUUCGCUGAAAAGGAUUGUGUUACGAUUGAAUCUGUCUGAAUAAAUCCUGCACUGAAAUGACUUAAGAAAAGUCCUGUUAACAAACCCUCUGAAAUAUUAGAGAGGUAAAUCAGCUGGGUGAAACCCAUGUAUUUAGCUUUGUUCCUAAUAAAUCAUACAGCAGGUGUGGUAUGGGAACCACUAAGAUUUUAGGCUUACUAUGCUAUGGAGAAGUAUAUUAUUUUCCAUUAGACAAAGAUCUACUAAACUAGUACAGUUGUUAUAUUUUAAAUUACUCAGAACUGAAAGAAUAGCUUAUUCAAAGGAGGAAAAAUUCACAGAAAAAGAAUUAUGAAUUUUCAUUAAUACAGACUGAAAAUUUAUUUCAAUAGGAACACAUGUUUGCCAAAUUGGUUUGUUUGAUUUAAACUACUAGUCAAAUUUGAAAUCUGCCCCAAAUUAGUAAAUUAGAAAAAGGCAAAUUACUACUCUGUAGAUUUGAUUAUUUCACAAAUAAUUAUCAAAAUCAGCAACUUGAAACCAUGAGAUAUACUUGUUUUAGGUAAGCAUUUGAAUAUCCUUAAGACCUUAAUUUGUAAGGUACAAUCUGAAAUAUAAAACAAGGUUUUUUGUUGUUGUGCCAUAUGAUUUAUUUGCCAGUAAUAAAACAAUUUGAUGAAAAGGCUUUAAACAGGAAUGUGACAUGAAAUCUUCAGCUCAAAGAUUAACUGUACAUUGUUAAUUUAUGGGACUUUUUAUUUUUCAGAAAAUAAAAGUUGUAGACUUUUUUUAAAGUGUUAUGUUUUAAGUUGUCUCAUUGAUUGAAUGGUCUUUCUAAGCAGUGAUAUUAAUGUGUGAUUAUUAUGUCAAACCAAAUGUUGUUGAUGUUGUUACCAUUGUGCCAGUAUAUUUUAUUCUACACAAAAUAAUAUGUCUUGAUGUGCAUUUGUUAACAUAUUUUUCCACAUAAGGCUGAAUAAUAUUGAAUUACUUGUACAGCUUAAACAAAAAAUUAUAGAAAUUAUAUGUCAAAAAUUUGGCUUGCAGGGAAAAAAAAUUAAUAAAAACUUUCCCCUAUUUCUUCUUCAAAAAAAUAAGAAACGGAGGUUAUUUUUAUCAAUUUUUAAGCCUAUAACAAGAAGUAAUUGGAUCGAAAAUAAUUUAGUUACUUUUAAGUUAACAUAUUGAUACUUUCUAAUCAGGAUAUAUUUUGGUAAAAAUGAAUACACAUUUUGGUCAUAUGGAAUGGUAAAUACUAUAUCUUAAAAUCUUUGUUGCUUUUUGUUGUGCUGAUAGAUAUUACUGCAGUUAGUUUAUAUUUCAGUAUUUUUAUGGCUAAUUCCACCUUUCAGAGGUCUUAUUGAACUUGAAAAUCACACAAAGUUACAUACACUAAUUUGAUAUUGAUGAACAACAAAAAUAAUUUUUCAUUUAUUUAAGUGGCGAAAUGGGACCAAAAUGAACUUAUUCCUUUUGUCACAUAUACAGACCCUUGUCUUUUUUUCAAUAUUUUCAAAUCCCAGAACUUUUAUUGAAUAUUUAUGCUAUUAAAUGAAUCUCAUCAGUGUUCAUUGUAUCAUUACUUAAUUUAUUCGUCAAAAAUGUGAUCUUGCAUUAUUGUUGCAAUAUUUUUCAUUGACUUUUUUGUGUUUAUUUAGUCAUAAUCAAUGCUAUAUUAUACAUGUUUUUGGGACUAAUGCUUGAUACAUAGCAUGUAAGUAAUAAGCCUUACCAAUUGAUUUGGUUGUUUGAUAUAAAGAGUUUUAUACAACGUUUGGGAAAUCUGUUUUUCCUUGAAGAAGUAUUUGUUUACCUAAUUAUUUGAACAAGGAUUAUCAUUGGUCCACCACCUGACACAAUUUCAGGGAUACCAGUACAUGCCAUUUUAGAACACCCUUUUUAAUUUGUAUAAGUGACACUAGUACUUUCCUUGGGCUGCAAAUAAUUUAGAAAAAUUAUAUUUGACAUGGAUUCAAAUCUAGAUGAAUGAGUAUGUUAGCUUUUCAUUAAAAAAUAAGUCUUAUCAUUUAGUUUGAUUAAGGACAAAAGAAGUCACACUUAUUAUAAGUUACAGAACCUCAUUGAUCUGUAAGCAGGACCAUGGCUUUACAUCUUUGUAGUGCUGGAUUUUAUUUAGAAAACGUGUUCUUAAAAUUGUACCACCCUCUUUUUAAUUUGACAGGCAUAUACUUUCUGAUAGUACAUUUGUUAACAAAGUUUGAAGUGAACAAAAUUUUGAUUUUGUUUUUCGUAAUUUGUAAACACUUUGAGAAAUAAAGAUUUCCUGUCAUAGUCAGGUAGUUAAAAUAGUUAAUGAUGUCCCAAUCCAACUUGCUGACCUGCAAGUUCUUGCACAAAAUGUGCUUUUCAUGGGUAGGUAAAAUCAUCCUUAUUUAAACCCCUGACACAUUAUUCAUAACUGAAUAAAUGUAGAACUAUAAUGACCUUUUCAUAUAUAUGAAACAAAGUGUUUCCACAUACCAUUAGGACAUAAUUCAUCCUUUGUGCAAAUUGUACAAUGUGAAUAUUUCGUACAGUGUACAACCAUACCAACUUGUUAAAACAUAGAUUGUACAUUGUGAGUGUAUUUAUAUUCUGUUAUGAUCUAAGUUUCAUAAAUUAUGAAAAAAAAUAUAUUGUGCCUGUUAAAGAACAAAAAUAAAAAGAUGCUAUUUAAAA